UGGACCAGAGGAGCUCCUCCAGACAGGGCUACCAUGGGAGAAGGGGAGAACCACGGGACUGAAGGAGCCGGGUCGCUGGAGGAAAGGUGGGCCGUGCCUGGUCUUCAGCAGGGACAGGUGGCGUGUCACAUUUGGGCAAGAGAAAGCUUGCUCUGAAAGAAGAUGUUAAAAACUACAAGUGGCCUUCCUGGUAAUGGAUCUCUGUCAGAAGAAUGAGACGUCAGGCAGCAAUGGCCCCCACGGCACCGAAGACGCGGAACUAACCUGCUGUCCGGACGAGAGGACUGAGAGGAGUCAGGUGUGCUGUCUUCUCAGUAUCAGUGACUUGACGCUGGAACAAGAUGGAGAAGCCAACGAGUUUGUCAUUGGAACUGGCUGGGAAGAAGCAGUCCAAGGCUGGGGAAAGAUUUCUCCAACUGCUUGCAUCUGGCCCCGGAAGAAACUAAAAAAGGCGAGGGUAGGAGAAAGUGCCCACAGCAGCUGUCUGCUCUGUCUGCACCUCCCCCAAGGAAGCCCUGAGGCCAGACCUGCAGGACCCAGGAAAUUGGAGGCUGGGGCUGCAGCUGAGGUAGGCUCAGAGAAGGAUCAGAGCAGCCCCUCCCAGAGUCAGGGCCCCCCCCAGGGCUCCAACACUGCUUCCAGGGAUAUUAGCAAAAUCUACUUUCCCACCUACAUACAUGGAGAAAAAAAAAGCCUGCAAAUCAAGGAGUUUAUUUGGUGCAUGGAAGACUGGGCCAUCCCCAAGACUGGUAGGGGCAAGGCACUCAGGAGUCCCGGCGAAGGUGCCAACCGAGGGCUCUCCAUCUCAGACUCCCUCACUUCCAAGGCUCUCUUGGUUCUGCCUCCCCUGAAAGCUUCACCCCCAAACGGCUUGGAUAAGAGUAAGAACUUUUUGUUGCAGUUGGGAAAGAAGGUGCCGAAUGUGGAAAAGGAUGAGUGUGUGGUUCGUGCAUAUGGGUUCAAAACAGAGUUGGCGGGUGAGUACAAGAGUCCCGGUAAGCUGGCCAAACACCUGAAGGUCAGUGACACGCUGCCUUUUCUGUCCCCAGGGGCCCCGACGUCCCUGCUGUCCGAUCCCGAGCCGUGUUCCCUGCCUGAAAACAAGCAGAUGUGCCUGCCCAACCCCAGCAGCGCUCACUACCUCACCACCCUGAAGCUUUUGCAGAAACAGGGAGUGCCAAACUACAAGGCCAGAUUCCGAGCCAGGAUCCCAAAACCUCCCGUGAGCACUCAUAAGCACAUGGGCAUAGGGUCUGGGGAGGAAGACAGGUCCCAAAGGCUGGACACCAAAGUCUUCCCCAGGUCUCUCCUGCCGUCCCUCACAGUGAGCAGACUGGUCAUCCCCAUCUCGACUCAUAGGUUCCUCUGAGCUGUCACAACAGAAUGUUCCAGGAAUGAG